AUGGCGGCGGCGCUGGCUCGCAAGGCCGUGGACUAUCUGCGCAGCAAGGACUUCAGGGACUACCUCAUGAGUACACACUUUUGGGGGCCGGUAGCCAACUGGGGGCUCCCUAUUGCUGCUAUAAAUGACAUGAAGAAAUCGCCAGAGAUCAUCAGUGGUCGAAUGACAUUUGCACUUUGCUGUUACUCACUGACGUUCAUGAGGUUUGCAUAUAAGGUGCAGCCCAGAAACUGGUUGCUGUUUGCUUGCCACUUUACCAAUGAAGGCGCACAACUUAUCCAAGGAGGGAGAUUGUUCAAAUACAAGUGA